CAAUCAUUUUUUGGCAAUCAAGCUUACUCACGUGGUUUGAUUUCAUUCAUUCUUUGGUUUGAGUGUUUUAUUUUUUUAGGCUUGCGGGGUGAUAAAGCUUAGUUUUCCACUUCUCUUUUGGUUCGAUAGUCACUGAUGCCUCCGAAUACAAACAGCCGUUCUUACGACGAAGCAAGUUAUCAUACUAUGGAGGCUUCGGUUGAUCAACUGAUCAAUGCUACUCCUUAUGUUGAUCUCGAAGUGGCUCACACCGAUUUGUUUGAAGGGGCUUUCAAAGUCGUUACUGCGGUCUUUCCGUCCUGGCAACGAGAACACAUCAAAUUCGUUCAAUGCAAGGAUGGCAUCACCAAUCAAUUGGUUCGAGCAACUCAUUUGCCCAGCGACUUUACGGUGCUUGUUCGAGCUUACGGAAAGGGAUCCGACCGCAUUAUCGAUCGACGUCAGGAAAUGAUUAAUAUGAUUACACUGUCUUCUGAAAACUUGUGUCCUCCGCUGUAUGCGCGAUUCAAGAAUGGCCUUGUCUAUGGUUUUAUCAAAGGGCGAGUAUCUUCGGUGGAAGACUUGGGUCAACCUGAACAGGCACACUGGAUUGCCAAACGGUUGGGCAAGUGGCAUAAAGUGAAGCUCCCUCAAGCGGAUUGUCAAGCUUGCAACGGACAAAAACUGUGGACAACGAUGCGUCAAUGGCUUAGCCAAGUGCCUGCAAAGUACCAAAAUCCUCGAUCUCAACACACUUUUGCGAAACGGUUUGACAUGAAAAAAAUAGCAUCUGAGCUCGACUGGCUCAUUAAGCGAUUAGAAGUGUUGGGUUCACCAAUCGUUUUUUCACAUAAUGAUUUACUAUACGGCAACAUCAUUCUCGACGAUCAGAAAGGGGAAGCAUCCUUCAUCGACUACGAAUAUGGUUGUUAUGCUUCACGUGGGUUUGAUAUUGGCAACCACUUCAACGAAUUCGCUGGUUUUGAGUGCGAUUACUCCAGAUACCCUACUAAAGAGUUCCAGCUGCAGUGGUUUGAGUGGUACCUGACGGAAUACAACUCUGGAGUUGCUCCUUCGAUAGAGGAUCUCGAAACGCUGUAUCACGAAGUGAACGGUUUUUCAUUGGCGUCACAUUUUUAUUGGGGAUUAUGGGCGCUCGUGCAGGCCAUGGUUUCCGAUAUCGAUUUUGACUAUAUGAACUAUGCCGUCCUUCGCUUUGACGAAUACGAAAAGAGAAAGCAGCAAGUGAUUCCCACUUUGUAGAUUUGACAAAUAAACACAUACAACUUAUAUCCAUUUUCAUAAAAGAAGG